CUAAAUAACUUUAAAAUAUAUCAAUUUGACAUAAACUCAAUCAUAAGCAACAUACUUUCGAAAUGGACUACUCUACCAUCUUCACAUCUUCUAUAAAAAAACCCUAUAGCCUCAGUAUAUACAUACGCAGUCUAUCAAGAACACAACAAAAAGGCAUUAAGCAUGGUGGGAAUUACUAGUCUCAGAUCUUUCAUUUUGCUCUCCAUGUGUUUUAGCUUCAUUUUCCUUUCAAAUCAAGCAGGUCCGAUAACGUUUGUAAGCUCCUGCGAUGAACCAGAAGCAGCGCCCGCCCUCAGUCCAGGAGGAGUCACCCAGCCAAAUGAACCAGAAGCAGGGCCAGCCCCUAAUCCAGAAGCAUGUGACAAUCCAGAAGGAUGUAACGAACCAGAAACAGGGCCGCCGCCCCCACCUCCGCCAUGUGAAUGGGAUGAGACAUGUGGAGAUCCAUGGCCGGAGGUGAGACUAGAAGGAGAUGGAUGUGACCUCAUUGUGGAAAGCGGUGUCUGUGACAAUUGGGGAUGUGGAAUAUUUUACAUGCGAAGAUAA